AUGGAUUUAAAAAAAAAUGAAGACGCCGAUGAAAAUAAAAAACGGUUGACAAUUUUAAUUGAAGUUUUAACCCAUUCUGGAUCUACUUCUUUAGAUGAAGAAGUCCUUAAAGAAAUAAAAAAAAUUUGCAGAUCAUCAGAAAUUUACAUUUCUAAAGCCUAUGACUUGGUACUUCAACAAUUAAAAAAAAAAAAUUCACAAAUAAGAAUAAAUGCUUUUUUAAUAUGUAAAGAACUAUUCAAGAGGUCAGCUUUAUUUAGAGAACUUAUUAUUAAAGAUCUUGAACUUAUAUAUAAAUUAUCAGCUGAAAUAAAUUCAAAAUCUAAAUUACCACCUCCUAAAUUGUCAGCAGAGAAUUUAAAAGUACUGGCUUUAGAAACAUUAAGCAAUUGGGUAAAAGAAUAUGGAGAUUCUUAUAAGAAGUUAAAAAUUGCAUACAAUUAUUUUAAAACCUGUCAUAAUGUCAAUUUUGACACUUAUGAAGUUAUAAAUUCAGCUGAAAGACAAAGACAAGAAGAAAAUGAAAUUUAUCAAAGGAAUAGAAAUAUAGAUAAGAUAAAUAAUUUAAUGAAAAAUGUUAAUGAUUAUGAACCAGAAAUUGAUAAUACAAUUACUUCAUUAUCAAAUUGUCUAAAUCUUUUGUUACCUCAGCCGGAGGAGUUUUUUAUUCAAGAAAUCGGUGAUUCUAAUAAUACAUCGGUAGAAGAAAGCAAAUAUUCUAAUUUUGACAGUAGUGAUGUGGAUGUACAGCAAAACACCUUGAGAGAUUUUGGAAUCACAACAAAUUAUUCAUUAUCAUUGCAAGUAAAUCCGAAUGAAAAAAUUUGUGUCAAAAAAACAGAAGGAAAUUCAUCAAUUAUUGAAAAUGCUCAAGAUUGUGUGCAGCUCAUUGUCAAUCGUUUUUUACCUUUAACUAAAAAAUGGUCUAAUAUAUGCACCAAAUACUCCAAUGGAAAUAUUCAAGAAAUUAAAAGAAUAUUAGAUAUAAAAGAAAAAUUAAACAAGAUACUCGGUAAAUAUCAUAAGCUAAAUAUUGAAGGAUUGAGUUCUAAAACCGAUGAAAAUGGAGACAAAGCAGAUGACGCUUCGGAUGAUGAUGACGAUGAUUUUGAAGAAGUUAAAAAAGAAGGUUAUGAAGAUUCAGUAAACAUGUCAGAUGAUGAGUUAUUUCAUUUAAUUAAUAAAAAAAGUGAAAAAGUACCUGAAAUAUCAAAUGAAAAAAAACUAAAUUUAAAAUCUGACACUUUAGAAAAAAAUGAAAAAAUAUUAGAUCAAACUUCUCCUAAGCCAUCAUCCUCUACAUCUAAUGACAGAAAAAGUAAAUUAUUGAAAAUUGCUCCCAAAUUGCCUUUUGACAUUGAUCUUUAUCAUUGGGAGGACCAGUCAUUAUCAGUUCCAACUUUAAUAUCAAUGGACAGAAAUAAGUGUCCUUUUCACGGUAAAAUAAUUCCGAGAGACAGCAAUGGUAAUCCUGUUGAAAAUGCAGAAGAAAAAAAAACCGUUGAUAAAACUUCUUUACCAGAUUGGCAAGAUCCUAAUUUAUUAGCAGAUAUAAAGGCUGCCACAGGAUUCGAUUUAAAAAUGCCUGAUAAGAAAAGAAAAAAUAAAAAUAGUGAAAAUGAAAAUUUAACUCAUAAAAAAAUGAAAACGAGUGCUGCGGCAUUAAAAAUAGCUAAAACUAAAAAUUAUCCCGGUUUGGUUGAUGUUGUUCGAAAACAAAAUGAUGUUUAUACCAGAUUAUCUAAAAAAAUAUUUAAUAAAUCAUCUUUAAAAAGAGUUUCAUCGACUCUUGAUAAAAUUGACAAAAGGAAAUAUUUAGACAAAUUUGGAGACUGUUUUAAUUAUUCAUAA